CUGCCGCACAGCUUGUUCUUUGGUCCAGACGCACGGACGCUCCGGUGAGUGAGCGAGCGAGCGAGCAUGCAGUCGUCUCCCGCACCCGAGCUAGCUUGCUUGCUCACCAACUACUAGUGUACGCUCUACUCCCGCACCCGCAGGCAACAGGCAGGAACUCUCUGAGAGCUCGCGCGCGCGAGCCCGGCCACUAACCAUGAAGUCGUCGUCGUCACAGAGUCAGAGUCCGAAGACCGCGUCGCCCCGCGGCGCCACGGCUUCGGAGCCGUGGCUGGUCUCCGCCGUGGCGGCCAGCGCCAGCAACGAUUCGUGCGUCAACGACGUGGACAACUUUGAGCGCACCGUGGCCGCCGUCAAGUCCAAGUCGGCGGCAUGCGCCCGCCCGGACCUGCUCGCGUCCGUGCUGUCCCACUACGCCGCCAAGUGGCUCCCGGACGUGGCGCCCUCCUCGCCGUCCCCGGCCUCGUCCGCCUCCGGCCGCUUCCUGCCCCCGGAGAGCCCCACCGCCACGUGGAUCAAGAAGAAGCUCCUGCUGGAGUCCCUCGUCGCCGCGCUCCCGCCCGACCCGCCAGCGCCCGGCUGCGGCGCCGUCGCUAACGACGGCAUCACGUGCGACUUCCUGCUCAAGCUGCUCCGCGCGGGGAGCAUGGUGGGCGCGGACGCGGCGCUGCUGCAGGACCUGGAGGCCCGCGCGGCGCGGCGGCUGGACCAGGCGACGCUGGGCGCGGUGAUGAUACCGGCGUUCGGGCACGGCGAGCACGCGGGGGCGCUGCUGCUGGACGUGCCGCUCGUGCUGCGGCUCGUGCGCGGGUUCCUCAAGGACGGUGCCGCCGCCAACAAGGCCAGCGCCCUCGGCGGCGGCGGCGCGGCCGCCGCCAGGGUGGCGAGGCUGGUGGACGCGUACCUGGCCGAGGCCGCGCUCGAGGCCGGGCUGCGCCCCGCCGAGUUCGAGGAGCUCGCGCGCGCCGUCCCCGCCCACGCCCGCCCCGCGGACGACGCGCUCUACCGCGCCGUCGACACCUACCUCAAGGCGCAUCCAAACACGGGCAAAGAGGAGAAGAAGUCGCUGUGCUGGCUGAUCGACGCGCGCAAGCUCACGGCGGAGGCCGCGGCGCACGCCGUCCAGAACGACCGCCUGCCGGUGCGCUCCGUGAUGCAGGUGCUCUUCUCGGAGCACGGAAAGCUCAACCGCCUCGCCGAGCUGAGCGCCUCCUUCAGCUGCCAGCGGAGCCCCAACCCGGCGCUGGAGCUCCCCGGCCGGUGCACCUCCAAGCGCGAGGUCCUGGCGCAGCACCAGGAGGUGCGCCGCCUGCGUGAGGACGUCGCCAGGCUCCAGGUGCAGUGCAACGCGCUGCAGGCCCAAGUGGACAGGCUGAGCUCGGAGAGGCGGCGACGCGGCGGCGGCGGCGGAUUCUUCAAGUGGAGCACGUUCUGGUUCGGCGGGGGCAUGGGCGCCGACGUCGCGAGGGUGGAUGACACGGAGAGCGGCAUGGAGCGGCGGACGCCGCCGAAGGGGAAGAAGGACAGCGCCGCCACGGCGACUCCGAACGCGAAGUGGCGCAAGUCAACGUCAUGAGAGCGAGCUGAAACCAGGCUGAUGAAGUGAUUACGAUCAAUGACCUGUUGAUUUUCUUUUUGUUUUUGGUAUGAUGACACUGUUACAGCCAUUUCUAAUUUCGAAUUAUCA